AUGGCCACUCCCCCUCCUCCAAAUCCUCAUGGAAUUCCUUCGUUUCCUAAUAUUCCCUCUCCUUCAGGCUCACGAAAUCGAGGAUCUAUAGGAUCUUCUUUCUCCUUUGGACCCCAAUAUCUUGUUGAUUCACUCCUGGAUGCCAACUCAAGCACAGCGUCUCACCCACACUCUUUCGCUCUUGACCCAAAUCGCUCUGUUCUUCCUGCAUCUCCACUGCGAUCAUCCCCACGCCGCCAUAGAAAAGGCAAAUCCAGUUCGAGUCGCUACCCGCAUCCUUUGGCAAAUGACACCACCGACGUCUUCCAAGAAUCGGAAGAUGAAGUCGAUGAUGAGAGUGAAUAUGAAUGGGGUGUGGUCGAUAGGAUGAGGUUAUGGCGGCACGACGCGUUGAUGCAGCACUUAUAUGAGACGGCGGCCUUUUGGGGUGAUAAAAUCCUGACAUGGACCAACGAUCCCAACGACGCGUUUUGGCUUGCGCAAACGUAUUUCAUGAAUCACCAGUAUGCUCGCGCUGAAAGGCUACUUACCCGACCUUUCUCUACCACUCCACCUAAGCCACCCGACGAUGAAGCCAUCCAUGGUUUGACGAAUGGCCACUCUGGAAAGGGUAAAGGCCGUGAACAAGACCUACCUCCUCUUCCACUCGUCCCGCGCUUACCGAUGGGUCCUGGAGGAAUGAUUGAAGUACCGGAGGAUAUGCAAGAGGGUGUUUCGAGGCUCGUAGAUCUAAGUGUCGCGUGUCGGUAUCUUGCUGCACAAUGCCAGGUACGGCAAGGGAACUGGGCAGAGGCGACCGAGAUGCUCGGAGAAUCCAAUCCAUUCCGCGAGUCAGGACGAAGUGGUCCAGCUAUACCGAACGUCGACGGCGGUAUCAAGGUCGAGGCGUCGAUGUGCUAUCUACGGGGGAUAUUGAUGCAGAAACUUAAUCGUGGAGACUCUGCGAAGGAGUGUUACAUGGAAGCAUUGGCACUCGAUGUCAAGUGUUACGAUGCAUUUCUUGCCCUUAUUGAUGGAGAAUUAUUGACCGUCAACGAAGAGUGGGAUUUCAUCCAGGGCCUUGCCUACAAGGAACAAACGCCAGAAGACGCCGCCUUUGUGCAGUUGAUGUACACGUCUCGCCUCCGGAAAUAUAUGCAUGCUGUCGAACACGAGUUGACGCGACGACGCUUGGUCGAGGAAUAUAAACUUGGUGACAAUCCAGACGUGCUUUACAGCUUCGCGGACGCUCUAUACUCGUCGUUCAAGUGGGCGGAUUGUUAUGAAAUCACAUCGAGGAUCUUGAAUAUGGUCGCUAUACACAAACAAACCAUGAACAUACAUGUGGCGUGCAUGUACCAUCUCGAGCACCUCCACUCUAAGUUAUUCCUCCUGGCUCAUGAAUUGGUAGAGCGAGAACCAGAAAACCCGGCCAGUUGGUACGCGGUCGGCGUUUGGUACCUGGCUAGCGCCAAGUAUCCACAAGCAAGGCAGUACUUUAGUAAAACGUCGCUGAUGGAUCCGCGGCACUCUGCCGCUUGGGUGGCUUUUGGACACACGUUUUCUUUAGAGGGCGAACAUGACCACGCCGUAACAGCAUAUUCCACCUGUGCGCGGAUGUUCACUGGCACUCAUAUGCCUCUGAUGUUCGUCGGCAUGGAGCAUAUCAUCCUCUCAAACUUCGCCUUGGCGGACGAGGCUCUUCACGCGGCCAACACCCUCUGUGACGGGGAUCCACUUCUGAUGAAUGAGUGCGGGGUGAUGGCUUAUAACCACGGCGAUUAUCAGGGAGCGGCGGACUUAUUUGUCAAAGCUCUUGACGUAGCUGGUGUCACACAAAGCUCAGAAAAAACUUGGUGUACGACAUAUAUGAACCUGGGUACUGCACUCAGAAAAUUGAAACGCUAUCAGGAGGCUCACGCAGCGUACCAAAAAGUACUGGAUCUGGAACCCCGAAACGCAAUGGCGCUUGGGUUUAUGGGGAUGGUCUAUCAAUUUAUGGGAAACUUGGAUGUCGCUAUCGUCAAAUACCACGAGGCCCUAAGCAUAGACCCCAUCAAUAACCAAAUGCUGGAGCUCCUAAACUUGGCUCUCGAUAGAAGUACAAUUGUGCCAAUUAAAUACUCGCAAGGUCAGGUCGACGCCGCGAUUCGAAGAGAUCGGGAGCAGAAAAUGCUUGGAUUGAUGAGAGUACAGAAGGGGAAAGAACGAGCGACAAACGAAAUGGUUGCAGGGUUCCAACCUCAGCCUGGUCAUGUCGAUGAGGCAAAUAGCAGUAAUGAUAUGAGUGUAGGAUGA